AUGAAUUCCGUCGCCCACAGCAUGGCCGAGGCUUCUCCAACUGCCACAACUUCAUCCAUCAACCAACACCAGCAACCACAGCCUCCGCCCUCUCCAUCACCUUCGCAACCGACUUCCGCAUCCGAAACCGCCCCGACGCCUUCUUUACCUUCGAUUUCUUCACCCUCUGCUCAGUCCGCAUCGCUGCCCGCGGUUCUAGCAGCUGCAACAGCUGUCGCAUCUGUGCCCGCCCAUUCGCUUCCACAAAAUCCAGAUGAGCUUCCCCCGCUUCGCCAACCGUCGCCCACCUCGCCGGCGCACUACACAUUCGAGCAGCAUCAACAGCAACAGCAACAAAACCACCACCACCAUAAUCACCACCACAUCCAUCCUGUUACGCCGCCCCUGAGAAAGGACACAUGUUCUUCAAUCUCAACCCAGGCGACUACCGCCACCUUGGCCUCCACAGAGACCAAUAACACAUCGUACAGUGCCGAUACCUCUCCUAACUUGCACCAGUCCAUUUUCUCUAUAAAGGAUGGCUCCGACGUCUCUAACAACCGCCGCACGAGCAGGAGGCGGACCGGACCCCUUUCUCAACAGUCCAGAGAGCGUGCUGCACUCAUUCGAAAGCUCGGUGCAUGCAUCGACUGCAGAAGGCGAAGAGUUGCUUGCCAUCCCAGUCAUCACAACAUGACUUGGGAGGAUGUCGUUUCCAAAUUCCAUCGAUCGCACAGCCCAACCAUUCAGGAUAUUGCACCUUCGCUCGCCGCUGCUGGGCGGCCACUGAGCCCUGCUGCCAUCACUAACGUACAGUCCUUGUUCACGCACGACACACAGGAAAUGGAAAUCGAUUCUGGUACUCCUGGUUCGAAUCAGCCUGGCCGACCUCCAUUAAGCGACGCUCGAAUCCGAACCCCAUUGCCCUCAGGCCCCCGCCUCGAGAAGUCUUUGUCAUUACCUGGAAUUGAGAGUUUCAAGAAUGAUCUCCAGACCAACGUGGGACGCAUGCUUUCCACACCUAGUCGAGAUCGAUAUAGCGCCGUGCAAGUUCUGUUCCUGUUUUGGCAAGACGAUGAGGAGGUUCCUACGAUUCAGUCCGCCGUUCGGGAACUUGCCGAAGUGUUUGAUAAAUACUAUCGUUACAACUUUCAAGUUCAAGCCAUUCCGUCCUCGUCUGAUGGCUGCAAGAGCUCGUGGCGGUGGCUCUCAAGACAGUUGAACGAAUUUGUUGAGGAUCGUGAUGAGCGUGAUGUUUUGAAGAUAGUAUACUACGCCGGACACACGUACCUCGAUAGCAACCGUGAGAUGGCUUUGGCCAGUUCUCGGGAUCCCGAACAAGCUUCGACAAUCCGAUGGGGCGGUAUUCAACAAACUUUGGAAGAAGCUUGUGCAGAUACUUUGAUCAUUAUGGAUGCAGCCUAUUACCCGUCAACCAGGAUGAUCCGCCAGCAGGGCGUCUUGGAGCUUCUUGCAGCAUCAGUGUCGGAAGAUCACUUCUAUGACCUCGAUCGCUGCGCGUUUACACGCGCAUUAGCUGAACAACUGCGAGUCAGAGCGACACGCUUGAGCCCUCUGUCGGCUGCUGAGCUGCAUGCAAAUCUGUUUUCCCACUACUCUAAAAUGGUACAGGAUAGGUUUCCAGAGAAGGAAAUUUUGACCAGUUUCCCAUCUCCACUGCAUAUGAUGAUGUCUGGAAACUCUAGGCUUCCCUCGAUCUUCCUAUCGCCUAUAUAUGAAAACAGCCCAAUGCGGAGUAGUUUCUCGUCGUACGAGAAUAGCCCGCAGCUGCAUCUGUCGAUCCGACUCGACGACGACAAUGUUGAUCUCGAAAGUUGGAACGAAUGGUUACGGCUAAUGCCUGAAGGCAUUAAAGACAUCAAGAUCGAGGGUCCAUUCCGCGCUACCUUUAGAUGA